UUAGUUAGCUCUCAUUUAUUUAUUAAAAAAUUCCGUUUGUUUGUUUGUUUUGUUUGUUGCGAUUUUGAAUUAAAGUAAAUAUAAAAAAGCGCAGGCAAUGGGUGCCUCCAAUCGCAGCACACGAGUUGCCCUAGGCAUAUCUACAGUCUCGUUUCUGCUCUUUGUUAUUGCCUUUGCUACGCCCUAUUGGCUGGUGACCGAUGGGCGUCUGCAUAAUCCACGCUUCACGAAUCUGGGUCUAUGGGAGGUGUGCUUCAAUCACUUCCAGGACAUACAUCGAUUUUACGACACCGAAUUCACGGGCUGCAUGUGGGUCUUUGAGGAGGAAUACUAUAUAAUACACGAUUUUCUGCUGCCCGGAUUCUAUAUAGCAGUUCAGCUGUUUGCAACGCUCUGUUUUGUGAUGUGCCUGCUUGCCCUGCCCCUAACGUUGUCUUUCCUGCGCACAUCUCGCGAUGACGACCGCUAUAUGGUGCUGCUGCUCACAAUUGGCACCUGCCAGGUGCUGGCAUCUAUUUUCGGUUUCAUUGCUGUGGUUAUCUUUGGAGCCAAGGGCGAUUCGCGUGACUGGAUGCCUGGCUGGCAAAACAACGACAUGGGCUGGUCCUUUGCCCUGGCCGUAGUUGGUGCCGUCAUGCUGUUGCCCGCAGGCAUACUCUAUCUGGUGGAAGCACGCCGCGAACGUUACAAGCGCCUCAACGAAAUCAGCAACCGAGAAGUAAGCGAAUACGGCGAUGACUACUAUCAGAGUCAGGCUGCAGCUGCAGCAUCUACCGCACCAUCCUCGGCGCCCGCGCAGCCUUCGUAUUUCAUCCAAGAACCCAGUCGUCCGCGCCGCCCACAGCCCGGAGCACGUCUACCCACAGCACCAGCCCAAGGCAGCAUCCAAACGGACAUCUAAGUGCACAAGACUCGUAUAUUCACAAAUAUACGUCUAUAAAUGAGGUCUACUUCGAAUCUCCGAAUGAAUGUGCGUCUUUCACGAAUGCACGUCCAUAAAUGCGGUCUACUUCGAAUCUCCGAACGAAUAGUAUAUAACAUAUCCGUCCAAUUGUAGAAGCAAAUCUGUUUAAACAGUUCGCAUUGUCAUUGUCUUUAGUCUAAGUCCAAAUUUGCCUCGAAUAUAUAUUUUAUAUAGACAGAAGGAACUUUGAAUCAUUCCAUAUUUUACAGAAA